AUGGCCCCAAAGGAACUUCAAUGCUUUCUUUUCGUCUGUUUCUUUGCCUUGGGAAGUGCUACCUACUGUACCUACGACAGUGAUUGUUCCUACAGUGAGUCCUGUUGUGAUUAUGUCUGCAGAGACCGUUGUUUCUGUUCGUACGACGACCAAUGUGGAUGGGGCGAGAAAUGCUGUAAUAGCAAAUGCAGUAGUUCGUCUUCUUGCCGUUCCUGCACGUACGACUACGAAUGUGGAUCGAGCAAGAAAUGCUGUAAAAGUAUAAGUUAGGGAAUAGGCUCUCUAAUCUUAAAUAAGCUUACACUCAUCUCAGCCAUGACUGCCCGCUGUAUAUUUGCAAAUUUGAACUGCUAUUUCGCCUUCGUCGUUCAAAGAAAAACAAAAAGUAGACACAGAUUUCUUUUGAAAAUAGAUGAGUCCGGCCAAAUGAAUGCUUCCAUCGACAGUUUUCAAUGAAUUUCCGCUUAUGAAAUUUUCAAGAUGGUGGUCAAAUUGAUAACCUUAUUAAUAUAUUUACACAGGUUAAAUAUUUGUACUAUGAGUUUGGUUGGUUAUACUAUAUUUCAGCUGCUACCUCAUUUACAGACAUGAAUAAACUUAUUCCGCUUCAGAGAGAUUUGUUAUUUUUUUAUAUCCUACUUUUAGCUGAUCGGAUCUUUAGCAGAUCCUUCAACAGCAUAUGCUAUGUCGAUGUCGAGCAGUAUUUACAUUCCUGUGUUGUCACAAUUUUUUUUGGAAAAUAAAUUCUUGUUAAUUCGCCGCCGCGUGUAAGAUUCAGUUUAAUAUGCAAGUUAUGACUGGAUAUCCUAUAUUGUGAAGGUAACAGAAAUGUAACUCGAGAUAGCUGUAUUAGGGAUGUGUUCACUUUUGAUUUCAAUAGAGUUGAAUCAACACACGUUCAUUAUUUCCCCUAAUUCUAUCUGUCUUCCAUAAGACUAAGCCCUGAAGAACAUUACAUGGCGUAUAUAGUGAAAACUCAUUUAUACGAGCCUCUAUUUACCAUGUUUUUUUCUUUUUUGUCGUGGUUAAGUGCAGACUUAUACUUGUCCACGCUUUCGGACACCAUGCGUUAAUUUAUAAAUAAACACCGGGCAUCUGAAAGCGUGACAACUAUCAGACAUCCGCAAAGUUAAGGAUCACUUCGCAAAGCAUGGAACCCAAAUCAAGUCAUCCCAGAUAACGGCGAAAGGCUUGCAUCAAGAGAGCUUGAAGAGUUUGCUCGCGCACACUCCUUCGAACUUGCUAUAAGUUCUCCAACCUACCCCUAAUCCAACGACAAGGCUGAGAACGCCGUUAAAAUAGCAAAGAAGCUGAUGCGAAAGGCCAUGGAGACAAAGAGUGAUCCAGGCACCACCCACUUACUGGCCAUCCUAUCCAACUCCGUAUCCUCCAUCCGAGGUACAAGGACAAGUCGUUUCGAUGUCGUCCCGCUCACCGGCCGAGUACUAAGAUGUGUGAAGCAAAUCAACAUAGAAACAAACGGAAACUCAUUUAUCUGACAUAUUUAAGUAUGACAUAGACUCUUACAUGUAUAAUAUGGAGCAAUUUUGCAUUGAACUGUUCCCACGUUGGAUUGAAUUUAGAGAAAAGUUACGAUUACCACCCCAGGAUUAUUAUCCAAUCGUCGAUUUCAUGACAAUGAGCUGCGUUACUCGAGUUGCGUGACAUCCAAUCUUCGCAGAAGUUUAAAGCAAAGUAGUCUUCCCGGAUGAUGAAACCGUUGUAGAAACUACUUACUUAAUCGGACCUGUUGGGCAUUCACUAAUUGUUAAAAGAACCUCGGAUUGUUCAAUCCUCACCAGAUCCAGAACUUAGACCAAUAACAACUAGAUCUUCGUUUUUCCCCGCGCUCAAUAGUUUCCCUGUAACUGAAGCUCUUCUCGUAAAACCUGGCAACUCGAAAUCUGAAUGAAAGGGAAUCCUUUUCGAACAUACCAUGCCCGUAUGGACCUUCUUGUCAAUUGGAGAGAAUAUCGACCCCGCCACUCUCCACUAUACGCAAGGUUAAAUCCGAGAGCCCUAAAAUUAAACUCAAUAUCAUGUGCGAUUUUUGUGAUAUCCUUCACCUACUUAUGUGGGUAUUUCUCGCUCUUGACGCCCUUGUGGGAACGUUACUUGUACUUGUAAAUAAGGUGUGUAGUAAGUUUCUUUAAGCGAUCUUGUUCAAACUCCCUCACAAAGUCUGUGUAAUCAGACGAAACCGUUGGGAGAAAACAAAUCAAGUUGACAAGAUCUAUAGCUGUUUGCUGCUCACAAGUACUCAUUAAAUAGAAAAUGAAAAAAGGUAUCUUUAUCGUAGAUCAAUAUUUACGAAUGACUGUUUUUUUUCUUGAAUGACGACGGGGUUGACAGAUUUGUGACGUCUUUACGUUCUUUGUUCAAUAUCUGGGCUUUUGUUUGAGUUUUAGCUUUGGCCUGACUUGAAAGGUACUGAACCAUUAUGAUUAUGCAUGGUAACAGCAUCUCUCCUCUUGCCAUCCAACUUCCCCUAUCGAUUCCCUUUCUCUUCCCCAGCACCCUUCCCACCAUCUAUUGGGGUUUCCAUGGUAGAGUGUCUAAAGAGAAUAUGGAAAUCAGCCAACCGCAUCUUAUUUAUUUAUUUAUUAUCUCACAACGAACGGACGCCACUGAAAUUGUGAAAGGACAAUGGCUGCUAAGGAGCUUUUAUGCUUUCUUUUCGUCUGCUUCUUUGCCUUGGCAAGUGCUACCUACUGUACUUACGACAGUGAUUGUUCCUUCAGUGAGUCCUGUUGUACAGAUAAAGUCUGUAGAGAGAGAUGUUACUACUGUUCGCACGACUACCAGUGUGGGACGAACGAGCAAUGCUGUAAUAGGAAAUGUAUCAGCAGUUUCUCUUCAUGUUCGUGUACGUACGACUACCAGUGUGGCCUUGAUGAGGAUUGUUGUGGGGGAGUUUGUUCCUCAUACUGUGGUUGGAGCGGCGGGUCUAUUGCAGGCGCUGUAAUCGGCACGAUUAUUUUUUUUGCAAUCAUCAUUUCCAUCGUAUCCUGCUGCUGCUGCGCUUGUUGCCCUUACUACCGCUAUCGUACACCCGGUGCUGUGGUCGUCACCGGCCAACAGCCAUAGCAACAAAUCUUCUCAACCCAAAUGAUGACGACGCAACAAGUACAUGCUCCUCCGCCGGUGAACUACAACCUGCCUUCUCCAGAUGGAUACGAUCAUCCUCCUCCAGCAGGUUACAACCUACCUACUCCAGCUGGUUACGAUCAGCCUCCUCCAGGUUUCAAUCAGGCUCCUCAGUCCUACGCAAGCUAUCCUCCACCACCAAACCAAUAUCCUCCACCGUUACGACAAGCUCAAGCGGCGCCGAUUCCAGCUGCAGUAAACGCCAAAUAA